AUGAGCUUUACAAACAGAUUGAGGGAGUCUCACAGGCGGUAUCGAUCAGAAGAGGAUAUUUUGAAAGAUGAACAUCUCCGCAAAUUAAGCCUAUUACUCGAUGUUAAGUCUAUUAACAUUGAUGAGAGCUCUACUCAACUUAAACUUGUCAAAGAAAUAAAUAAAAACUGGAGAAAUAACUUCAUAGAAGAUGCUACUAAAAUCUUGAAACUUAAGAGAAGAAAAAAGUGCGAGAAGGACCUUAUUAAGAAAUUAUCAAUAAAAAAUUCCAAAAUUCAAGACAAAAUUGACCAGACUCUUGAAGAAAUCAAAGAAGUGGAAGCAAACACCUCCUUAUUGAAUUACAAGCUCAAAAUGGCAGAGCUCAAGAAAACCAGAACUGUUAAGGCCAGAACACCAGUCACCAAAGAUGACCGUUUUGAAAAACAAAUGACUAAAAUUUAUAAGAGGUGCAUGACAGUCAGAGGCAACGAAUAUUUUUACAAAAAUUAA